AUGUCGGAGGUCGUCGAGACUGUCCGAGGCACUGGGCCCAGUGUACUUCCUUGGCGGGACGACGCCAUGUUCCCUCUAGCCGACCGGAACAUCUCCGGGAUAUUCUGGCCCUGGGAGCCAGCUGUUUCCCUCGGGGACCGGGAGCGGGAUGCAGACGAGUGUCUAGAGGAAGUCCCCAUGGCGUACUUUUUAACAGUAAACAACCAGACCUUCAUUACGGAAGUCAUCAUCUUGGGAUUCCAAUUCUCGAAAGAAAUCAACUUAUUUCUCUUCCUUUUUCUCCUUAUGAUUUACAUUUUGACACUUUUUGGAAACCUCCUGAUCAUCACAUUGGUGGUCUACAGCAAGAUCCUUCAAACUCCCAUGUACUUCUUCCUUUCCCAACUCUCUUUAUGUGAUAUUAUGAUAGCCACAGAUAUUGCCCCAAACUUGCUUUAUGUUUUACUUAAUGAAGGUGCAACAAUGUCCUUCACAAACUGUAUUUUCCAAUAUUAUAUAUUUGCCAUGAUGGAAAGUUCCGAGUGUCUUCUUCUGACUGUAAUGGCUUAUGACCGAUAUUUGGCCAUCUGUAACCCUUUGCAUUAUUCUUAUAUAAUGAAUGAGUUGUUUUGCUUAAAGCUUACUAUCUUUUCUUGGUUGUUCAGCAUUUUUUCCAAGAUCAUUAGCACAAUUACAAUAGCCAGUCUUCAUUUUUGUGGACCAAAUAUAAUUGACCAUUUCUUCUGUGAUUUCUCACCACUGUUAAAGCUUUCCUGUUCAGAUACUUUCUUUGUUAAUUUAGACGUACUACUAAAUAGCGUACCUUUUAUUUUCGUACCGUUCUUAACCAUUAUGAUAUCAUACAUUUAUAUUAUUUCGAACAUCUUAAAAAUCCCAUCCAGUACUGGAAAACAGAAGGCUUUCUCUACUUGCAGCUCCCACUUGACGGUGGUCUCCAUAUUUUAUAUAACUCUAAUUGUUAUUUAUGACCUUCCAACUAGUGGACAGUCAUUGACUGUAAAUAAAUUAGUAUCACUGUCCUUUACAGUGGGAACACCACUGAUUAAUCCACUUAUAUACAGCUUGAGAAACAGAGACAUAAAAAUUGCCUUUGCUAAGUUAAUAAACAGUUUUUUUAUUGUAUAG